UAUGAUCUCAAAAUGCAAAAAUGCCCUUUUCGAUCAUAUUUGUACCUAUUUAUGAGCGAACUUAUAAGAACAAAUUUUCGUUCGACUGUUCGCGAAUAAACCGUAUAGUAUAAUUAUGUAUAAUUAAUAAUUGUUUAUUUAAUUUUUUCAAAGUGAAUGAAGAAUUCUUCCAGACAUUAGUUGUCCUUUUUUCAAAUUAGUUAAAUAUUGUUAUCGUCAUUAUUUAUAUUUUUAUGUUUCUCUGCUAUAUGAUUAUGUUUUUUCCAAUUAUAUCCUUUCUUUUGAACUCCCCUUGCAAAAGGUGAUAAUUUUGUUUUCUAUGUGCUAGGAUUAAUUUGAAUCUUGAAGAAUUGAUAUCCAUGAAAAAAUUGAGUGAAGCUCAAUUAUUCAAUCAAGUUGAAGGAAAUGACUGGGCCCAUAAUUGCGGCUUUUGUAAGUUCAUUCGUCAUGUCUCCGUCCCGAGGCCUAGAUACUACAAAAUGCUGAUGAAAUCAGAUACUUCAGACACUUCGUUUCCCCACACUUUGAAUUCAUUUAUACACCUUAUGAGUGUUAUUUUCACAUCACAUUUUAUGCAAUCGUUUUAAUAUCAAAUUAGUUAAUACAGUUAUUGGUAAUCGUCAUUUAACUUCAGCUUAGCUGCAUUGAAGUAUUGCAUUUGCAAAAUAAUAUUCAAAAAUAUGCUCGGGAUUUUACUUUUCCAAAAAAAGGCUUUUUUCGAAUUGUUAGAUAUAUAAAAAAUACCUCUAUUACUAUCGCUUUAGUCUUCGAACUAGACCAAACGAUCUAAACGUUAUUUUCUGCGGUUAUUCAUUAAUUUUGAAAGUUUUUUAGGUGUUAUGAAACAACUGGACGCAUAAAAACAUAGAAAAUAAAAACAAACUAUUUUAAUUAAAUUAUAGUAGGCGAGGAAUGGUUCAAGAAUAUUUACAUUUGAGACAAAUAAAUUAUUCAGUCUUUAGACUCAUUGGCGAAGAAUUAAGGAUGUUCGACAUUCUUUUAGCCAAAAAUCACGUAAUUUUUAUUUUUUUGGAAAAUGAUUGACUAGAUUAAUGCGAAUAAAUAUAAUGUUUUUGCAAUUUGUCAUUAUGUAAUGGCCCACGACGUAUCGUGGUGGUUUGAUGAAUUUCAUGCGUUCUGCCUCCAGUUUUAGGAUUUUUCAUAAAAAAAUCUUGAAACCUCGUGAAUCAUUAAAUAACAAUAGAAAAUAAAAGUGUUAUAUUCUUUAACGUCAAUUCCAUCAUAAAUUUAUGGCGGAAAAGGCGUAGAAAAUCCUUAAAUGUGAUGUUUUAAAUUUGUUCAAAAAUGUGAAAAUGAGUUUUUUGAUAAUUAUUCAGUACAUUCAUACCAAAAUAAAUCAAGCAUUUUAUUAAUGAAUUCACAUCUAGCUGAGGAGCAUCUCCCAGAUCAUCCCUGAAUUUUCUAAUCAACAUUUUACCGAAUGGCUGAGGGGAGGGAUCAUGGAAUAACAUCACUAUGGUAACGAUAAACAUCGGGAAUCCAUGAUGUACAGUAAACGACGUUAGCACCUAAUACUAUUAAAUUGAAAUUAUGUGAAGUGAAUGGUUGAAUCAUGGGGAAGAAGAAAAAGAAGGGAGGUGAUAAGGAGAAAAAAGCUAAGAAGAAACCGGCAGUUAACGAGCGAGACAUUGUAUUCUAUGAGCAACAAAUCCUCGAUAAUAAUCGACAAUUGGCUAGACUCAAAACACGUAAUGAAUUUCUCGAGGGAGAAUUGGACUCUCUGAAAGCCGAGCUGACUCGUCUAGAGGACGAUAGAUCCGAUGUCGUUGCUCACCUGAAGAGGAUUCUCCAACAGAAGACCGAGGAAGCUAAGGAACUCGGAGAGAGGCUGCUGGCUAUGGAAGAGCUUAGAAAAGACGAGAAACUUGUGUACAAAACUAAGGAAGAAUCCAUGUUGCAGGAAUAUCAUAAUAUGGAGACAAAUCUCAACGCAGAAGUCAAAUUAGUCUCUGGAAAACUGAACGCCCUCGAGGACUGGAGGAAUGCAAGGGCCGAGUUGACACGAAAAUUCGAGAUUCAAGAGGAGCAGAUGGCAGAGCAAGAACAAAGACAUCGUGAGGCGUUGUAUGAAGCUGAGAAAUCAUUAGUAAUCGGCAAAGCACAAAUGCAAAGAGAAAUGCAAGAACGUUUAAACGAUCUGGCCCUGAGCUUCCAGGAAGCCACAAAUAUUCGAAUGGCUGAUGCAACUAAACGAGCAAUUCGAGAGAACAUAGUGCUUAACAGCGAGCUGGAUGAAACUUAUAAAAUUCGGCAAGAACUUGAGGAGAAAAUGCAAAUCUGCAAAGAGACUGAGCAGACCACGAAACUUCGGGCUUCAUUAAUCCACGAAGAAUUGCAGAUAGCUUUGCAUAAGGUGUUUGAGCAGAAUAGAUUCAUCGAAAAAAUUGCAGAAGAUCACUUAAAUGCUACCUUAUUGCGGACUGAAGAGCGGAGAAUGGAGCAGUGUACAAGAAGUAAGGAUCAACUGUUGCAGGCUUUGAGAGAAAAACAAAUACUCGCGGAUCAGGAAGCUGGGAAGAUCGAGAGAGCGAUUCUCGAUGCGGAGAAGGAAGCAAAGGAUAUCCUGACCGACGUCCAGACGAAUCGGUUGCAAAUUGAACAAUUGACCAAAAUUCUACAUUCUGUGAAGAGCAUUGUUAUGCAAUUACCAGGAGAAAUUGGAGAUAAUAGUUCAACUCCUUGUGUCGCCUGCGAUGGAAAUUUUAAGAAAAAACUUUUGGAGAUUUACAGUAUUUUGGAAAGGUUGAAUAUAGCGGAGAUUAUAAACGUUUGAUUGUUGAAUGUUUUCUUUCAUUUUUGCGUUGUUCAGUUUGCGGUCGAAAAUUAUGAAACGUGAUGUUGACUAUGUUAUUUAGUCAAUUCUAAUUUUAGUGCAAGAAUGGGUCAAGAGGAGAAGUUUUCUCGGAAUUUAACGAUUUAUAACAUUUGUAUAGAUUCAAAUACUUCUUCCAGAUGGUUAUGAAAAUAUUGUUAAGUAGACAAUUUUUCAUCAUCGACUUUUGUUCGUCGUUUCAAUGACCAACCCUCCAAAACAACUGUGUUUCUAUUCGUAUGCAAAGACCUAAAAAUGAGUAGACAGAAAAAAAAUUAGAUCUAACUAGUUGAUCAAAACAAUACACAGGUACGUUCUAUGUGAUCUAUCAAAAACUUGAGAAAAUAGAAUUUACAUGGAAUAUGAAAAUUGUGAAGGAUUUCAGAGCCAAAAAUACAUAAAAAUGCGUCUCCCCCUUUCAGGAAAACGAGUUGAAUAUAAAAUUUUAUUUUGUGCCGGAGAACUCCUCUACUCUAUCAAAAUUCUGGUCCUACUAUAAUCCUGACAACAAUAUUUUUUUAUUUGGUACAUUGGGAAAAUUUAAAGUUAAAAAAAUCAGAUCAUAAAAUAUCUAGACGCAGAUUGGAUAUCCGAUAGUGGUUUGUUUCCUCUUCUCAAUUUUUUAUGAACCAUUAAUGUGCGCUUGUGAAUUUUAUUCAGAUAUUUUUAUUACAAAUUCCUGUAAAUAAUGGAGUUGAAUGAAAACGUGGAAGAGGAAAAGAUAUAUCCGAAUUAUUUGCGGAAAGAAUUGUAUGAAAUUCAAAUAAAGGACAUCGCAAAUCAUAUAGACAGAUGACAGAAAUUAUGACCUGUUGGAUAUGUGUGAGGAGAUCAAGCAAGACAUUGGAUCUGCAGAUAUAAAAACAUCGGAUCAGAUUGCUGCGAUUAAU